AUGGAGGCCGUCCUACGGCAUCCAUCGCUCUCGCGCCUCAAGCCUCCGAACCCGAGCCCUCCCAGAACGCCAUCGCCAUCCCUUGCUCCCCCAUCUCUCCUCCGCCUUCGCACGCGCCGUCUCAUCGCCGCCGCGGUGUUCCAGGACCAGAAGCCGAAGGAGUCAGCAAGCAAGGGAGGCGAUGACGAGGAGGCGUACGGCGAGGUGGACCGCAUCGUCUCCAGCCGCACCGUCAGCAGUCCGGUGUUCGCGGAGGACGGCUCGGCCACCGCCGCCUUCGCCACGGAGUACCUGGUGGAGUGGAAGGACGGGCACGAGCCAUCGUGGGUGCCCGCGGAGGCCAUAGCCGCGGACGUGGUGGCGGAGUACGAGACGCCGUGGUGGACGGCGGCUAAGAAGGCGGACGCGGAGGCGCUGGCGGCGCUGCUCGCGGACGAGACGCUGCGGCGGGACCCCGACGCGGAGGACGCGCAGGGGCGCACCGCAGCGCACUUCACCGCGGGGCUGGGGUCCGAGGAGUGCCUACGCGCGCUCGCGACGGCCGGGGCGGACCUGGGCCACCGGGAGCGCGCGGGGGGCGGGCUCACGCCGCUGCACAUCGCGGUCGGGUACGGCCGCGCGGGCGCCGUGCGCGCGCUGCUGGAGCUGGGCGCCGACCCGGAGGCCACUGACGGGCAGGGCCGCACGCCGCUGGAGCUGGUCCAGGAGGUGCUCGCCAGGACGCCCAAGGGCAACCCGGCGGCGUUCCAGCUGCGGCAGGGGCUGGAGGCGGCGCAGAAGGAGCUGGAGAAGGCCGUGUACGAGUGGGCCGAGGUGGAGAAGGUGAUCGACGGCCGCGGCGAAGGCAAGUGGCGGGAGUACCUGGUGGAGUGGCGCGACGGCGGCGACAGGGAGUGGGUGAAGGCGGCGUGGGUGUCGGAGGACCUGGUGAGCGACUUCGAGGCCGGGCUGGAGUACGCCGUGGCUGAGGCCGUGGUCGACAAGAGGCAGGCGUCGACGGCGACGGCGGAAGGGGAGGAGAGAUGGGAGUACCUUGUCAAGUGGGUGGACAUUGAGGAGGCCACGUGGGAGCCCGCCGAGAACGUGGACGCCGAGCUCGUGCAGGAGUUCGAGCAGCGGCGGUCGGGGUCUGCAGGUGGUGAUGGCGGCAGCACUGCGCCACCGCCGUCGGAGGCGAUUGCUUGA